CAGCAGAAAUCAUCACCCUGCUACUGCAAAUUGACGGGAAAAAACUGUUUGACCAUGAUGUCCCUGUACUUGGCAGUGUUGGUGCUCUGUAUGAGUGCUGUGUAUGCGGCCCCUAUGUUUGACUCUCAGUUGGAGGGCCACUGGCACUUGUGGAAGAACUGGCACAGCAAGAACUACCAUGAUAGCGAGGAGGGCUGGAGGAGGAUGGUUUGGGAGAAGAACCUGAAGAAGAUUGAGAUGCACAACCUGGAACACUCUAUGGGAAAACACUCCUACCGUCUGGGCAUGAACCACUUUGGUGACAUGACCAACGAAGAGUUUGGGCAGCUCAUGAACGGCUACAAGCAGACAACUGAGAGGAAGUACAAGGGCUCUCUGUUCAUGGAACCCAGUUACCUGCAGGCCCCUGAAGCUGUGGACUGGAGAGAGAAGGGCUACGUCACUCCCAUCAAGAACCAGCGCUCAUGUGGGUCUUGCUGGGCGUUCAGUUCCACCGGGGCCAUAGAGGGCCAGCUAUUCAGGAAGACUGGCAAUCUGGUGUCUCUGAGUGAACAGAACCUGAUGGACUGCUCCAGAUUCCAGGGCAACGAUGGCUGUAAUGGAGGUAUCAUGGACCUGGCGUUCCAGUAUGUAAAGAACAACGGCGGCCUGGACACAGAGGCGUCCUACCCCUAUGUGGGCAAGGAUGAUGAUGUUUGCCACUACCUACCAGAGUUCAGUGCUGUCAAUGAAACCGGCUUUGUGGAUAUCCCCAGUGGCAAGGAGAACGCUCUGAUGAAUGCUGUGGCGUCUGUCGGCCCCAUCUCUGUCGCCAUCGAUGCCAGCCACAAAUCCUUCCAGUUCUACCAGUCUGGGAUCUACUAUGAGAAGAAGUGCAGCAGUGAGCAGCUCGACCAUGGAGUUCUGGUGGUGGGAUAUGGUUUUGAAGGAGAGGAUGUAGAUGGCAAUAAAUUCUGGAUUGUCAAGAACAGCUGGACUGAGAAAUGGGGAGACAAAGGCUACAUCUACAUGGCCAAAGACAGGAAGAACCACUGUGGCAUCGCCACGGCAGCCAGCUACCCACUGGUCUAGUGUUCUGUAAGUUCUCGAACACUAGACCCAGAGUUUUAGUUUUAGAGAUGUUUGACGAACGUUCUGAAAAAAGGGCCAUGACAACUGCAGUGCUGCCUUAACUAAGUCUGUGAAAUGCGCGAGAGAAACCUGCUGCAUGGGUUUUAAAGAAACACUGUUUUAGGGAAAUUAUGAAAUUCUACCUAUUUUGUUUUAUACUUGAUUUUAUGUGUGUCGGUGCGAUAGU